UGGGCCGAGGCGGUGGCUGCCACCGGAGCUGAGGCAGGGUUUGGUGGAGAGGGACGGGGCAGAGAAGAGCGGCGGCAGAGCGCGGGGGCGGUGGAAGAGAGGAAGGAGAGGCAGCCGCGAGGAGCCGAGCGCCGCGAAGGGGGCUUUGAGCGAGAGGAACGAGCCCCGGGCCUCCCGCAGCAGCGGCCGUUGGGGAGCGCCCUGCCUGCGGCCCCAACAUGGACGAAGAGGGCGGCGGAGGUGGCGGCGUGCCUGAUGACCUCUCCUUAGAAGAAAGAGAAGAGCUUUUAAAUAUACGUCGCAGGAAAAAAGAACUGAUUGAUGAUAUUGAGAGAUUAAAAUUUGAAAUUGCUGAAGUUAUGACAGAAAUUGAUAACCUGACUAGUGUAGAAGAAAGCAAAACUACACAAAGAAAUAAGCAGAUAGCCAUGGGAAGGAAGAAAUUCAACAUGGACCCUAAGAAGGGAAUACAGUUUCUGAUAGAAAAUGACCUCCUGCAGAACACUGCAGAAGACAUUGCACAGUUCCUUUAUAAAGGAGAAGGAUUAAAUAAAACGGUAAUUGGAGAUUACCUCGGUGAAAGGGAUGAAUUUAAUAUUAAAGUUCUCCAGGCUUUUGUUGAACUCCAUGAGUUCGCUGAUCUCAAUCUUGUACAAGCCUUAAGGCAGUUUCUAUGGAGCUUCAGACUCCCAGGAGAGGCUCAAAAAAUUGAUCGAAUGAUGGAAGCUUUUGCUUCACGCUAUUGCCUUUGUAACCCAGGGGUCUUCCAGUCUACAGAUACAUGCUAUGUGCUUUCAUUUGCAAUCAUCAUGUUAAAUACCAGUCUGCACAACCACAACGUACGAGAUAAACCAACAGUUGAGAGGUUUAUUUCUAUGAAUCGUGGAAUUAAUGAAGGUGGAGACCUUCCAGAAGAAUUAUUACGGAACUUAUAUGAAAGUAUUAAGAAUGAGCCGUUUAAAAUUCCAGAGGAUGAUGGGAAUGAUCUAACGCAUACGUUUUUUAAUCCAGAUAGAGAAGGUUGGCUGCUGAAAUUAGGAGGAAGAGUAAAAACAUGGAAACGGAGAUGGUUUAUUCUGACCGAUAAUUGCCUGUAUUAUUUUGAAUACACAACAGACAAAGAACCUAGAGGAAUUAUUCCACUAGAAAAUCUUAGCAUAAGAGAAGUUGAAGACCCUAGAAAACCAAACUGCUUUGAACUCUAUAACCCCAGUCAUAAAGGUCAAGUGAUUAAAGCAUGUAAAACUGAAGCUGAUGGCAGAGUGGUAGAAGGGAACCAUGUGGUGUAUAGAAUAUCUGCUCCUACCCCAGAAGAAAAGGAAGAGUGGAUUAAAUCUAUCAAAGCAAGUAUCAGCAGGGAUCCCUUCUAUGAUAUGCUGGCAACAAGGAAACGACGUAUUGCAAAUAAGAAAUAGAACGUGAUCAGCAGCUGGAAUACCUCCAUCAGCCCAUAACGAAGCAUACAGUUGAGUGAUAAUGUAAAAAAGUAGACAAACUUAAGUGAAGACAAUGACUGCACAUUUUACAUAUAUAUAUGUAUGUGUGUGUGUGUAUAUAUAUAUUUAUACAUACACACUAUUGACUAUGACAUAACUUGGCAGGACUUUUCAGGGUAAAUAGUUAUUGGCAUAUAAUAGGAAGCAAUCUUCAGAUACCAGAGGAUUAUUACAUUGGAAACUAAUUCAACUCAAAACAUGGGAACUUUGUUUUCACUUGUAUUAUUUACAACUCCAGUUUGCUUGGCUUGGGAAGGACUGGGUUUGGGUUAGGAAUUCAAGCCUAACAGUAAAAUCAGUUCUUUGAGUGCAUUUCCCACAAAAGAAGGAGCCAUUAUAGGCCUUCCAUCUUUCACUAAAACCAAAAAUUGCAUACAGCAUGACCUAGCACUUAAUUUUCUGUAGAAAGAAAACCACAAUUGCAGUACCAGUUUGCAAAUAUUGUGUGUUCCAGAGUAAGUGAACAGCUGAGUGCAGCUUUCAUUUAGGAUUCAUUCUCCUAACUGUAGGGAAAUACCUUUUCUUUUCCUUUUGUUUUUCUUCCUUUGUCAUAAAUGUCCUCUGUCACUUGGCAUUUCUUAGUGGUAUCUAAAGAUGAAAGUUUUUUGCAAGUACUCUCAAUGUCCCACUUUGUAGAAGACGUUUGCCCCAGCUGCUCUUUGCUCUCAGGAGAGCCUUUGAUUUCUUUUGAAAUUAGUACUUCUGAUCCUCUUGGUUUUCUUUGUCUCUGCUGUACUUUGAACCUCUAUGCCUAAGGAAUCAUUUGGUGUUCCAGGAUUUAUUCCAGAUCUUGUGUUGACCAUUGAUAUUGAGCUGUGUUAUCACCUCUUGAUCACCUCUGGCAGAAAUGGUUUCAGCAUCAGAUUGAGGAAAAAGAGUCUCAAUGUUGCAGCUGAAGCUGGAAGGAACCUUCCUGGAUUAGUCAGACUUUUAAUAUACUCCCUUACUAAUUCCUGUUUGGGUUCAGAAGAGACCAGCUUGUAGUGCUUUCUAGGUUGGGUUGGUCUUUGGUUUUGUUUUGUCUUGUUUAAAAAUGGCCUAAGAGUCAACACAGAAUUUAUCAGUUCAUUACACUAGCUAGGCUGCAGAGACUGGGAACCUAGGGCACCAAUAUCCUCAGUUCCAUCACCUUUCUACCCCUAGGAGCCCUCAAUGCCAAGUGUGCAUCCACUUUACAAUGCAAUUCAUUGUUCCCAUGAAGCAAGAAGUGAUAUUUUUCUAAGUUUUGCCAUGGUGCAUUCAAUGAACAAAUGCACACAGAAUCAUUUAGGUUGGAAGUGACCUGGAAGAUCAUGGAGGAAGCCAGCUUCUACAGCUAGAACAGGACAAGUGAGAGUCUUCUUCACAGAUUUAUUGUUGUUCUUUCACCUUCAGAGCUGUCCAACAGAUGUGAAAUAAUGCUGCAGAGUACUCACAAGACUGGGUGUGUUCAAGAGAAAGCAUAUAAUUGGCUAGAGGAGGUGUGUAGGUUAAACACUGUAGAGUAGAAUUCAGGAAGCAUGUGUUGCCAAGAUUUUGUAGUCCAACUCCAACACUUUGUGUUUGCUGCCAGUCCAUACAAAUUUUCUCAGGUGGGAAAAGAAUCCUUUGUGGCGGGGCAAUUCCAUCAUUAACAAAUGUGGGAGAAAUGUAUUUCAAAAGAGAUCAAAGCACAAAAACGUUUGACACACAGCUUUCAACACUGUCACAUGCAUUUGAAGAUCUAAUACAGAAAAAUAACGAAGUAACCAUACAGUUAUCAGAUCUUUUCCUGAGCAGUGUUACCAAGGAAUUGUGAACAGUGGAAGUCAUGAAUAGCAGUGAAACAAUGCACUUUUCUCUGCCUAACAGAAAGGACCUGGGUAAGUCUAUUAUAAAAAGUUCCUCAUGAUUGAUUGUAAA